CAAUUGCAAUGAAUGACUAUCGAAAUAUGGACAUGGCGACGUGUAAAUUGACUCAUUUUUCUAAAAUUUGAGUGAAUUUGUAAAUUUUCAGCUGUGAACAAGGAAGAUUUCUAAUUAGUCCAUUAGUACCAGGCGAUAAUAUUUUAGAGUUGGCUCAGUGAAUCUCUGAGUUGUUUGAAGAAUACGGAAAUACGAAAAAAUUAUGAAUUACAAUCACUCAGGAGCACGCAGGGGAAAACCAAAAAGAAUCGUAGACCCAUCAGUAGGCACAUCUCCUUCAUUUUCCCAGCUGCCACAUAAGCCUUAUGUAUAUAGUCAACAGGUCAGUGCAAACAAUGGUCUACCAGAAUAUGGCUUUAACAUGCCUGAAUCAUCCGGAGCAACAACGUAUGGUUUCAAUCCAUCGACCCCAUCGUUAUCAUCGCAAAGACAAAGUUCUCUCCAGUCACCAUAUCCCCCUCCCAAUUUACCGUCACCAGAUACUGGAUUCUCUGGACCUCAAUUUGCGACACAACUUCUCAAUGAGCCCCUUGUAACAAAUAUGGCUAUGAAGUAUGGAGAUGCACUUGUUGGAACUGGCAAACAGCAAUUUGAAAAAUAUGUUCCCAUUACCGCACUCAAAUACUACUUUGCUGUUGACACUGAUUAUGUUUUUGUAAAAUUAGCACUCCUGAUUUUUCCAUUCACCCAAAAAGAUUGGUCGGUGAAAUACGAGCAAGAUGUUCCCCUUCAACCGCGUUAUGAAAAAAAUGCUCCUGACAUGUAUAUUCCAACUAUGGCAUUUUUGACGUACGUGGUGAUGGCAGGAUUCUCUCUUGGAACACAAGAACGUUUCAGUCCAGAGCAACUUGGAGUAAUUGCCAGUUCAGCAUUAGCUUGGGGUUUAAUAGAGCUUCUCGUCCACACCAUAACACUUUACGUUAUGAAUCUUGAAACAAGUCUACGGACUUUCGAUCUAGUAGCAUAUUGUGGCUACAAAUACGUUGGAAUCAAUGCUGCUUUAUUAUUAUCACUAAUAUUUCGCCGAUUUGGUUAUUACAUUGUCCUUAUAUACUACAGCAUAUCACUAGCAUUUUUCCUCAUAAGAUCUCUUAAACUACGAGUCAUACCCGAGGGACACACAUCAUAUACUGCAACUGGUAAUAAACGAAGACUCUACUUUAUUCUGUUUGUUGCAUCGCUUCAACCUUUUCUCAUGUGGUGGCUAUCCUAUCAUCUCAUUCAGUGAGACAUUAAUUUUUUUAUUUGUUUUCUUUAUCUCUUCCUAAUUUGUAAAAUCUCAUUCAAAAUAACGGUAUGUCACAAAAGCUUGUGACAAAAGAUAAAAAUUAUAUGUAAUAAUUUAUGAAAACAAAAAAUAUGAAAACAUUAAAAUAUCGACUGUCGACUAUUGUGCAUUUUUGUAAAAUAAAAAUAUUGAAAAUGAAAAAUGAA